AUGAAACUGUAUCGAAGACUACAGUUUGAGAAACAGACGAUGAGCGAGGAGGGGACGCCGCACAAUGAGAUGCUACUCUACCACACAUCGUCUGCCUCAGUCGAGGCCAUCUGUGGCGAGGGACUUGACCAGAGGCUUUCGAGAAAGGGCCGUUUUGGCAAUGGAGUAUACUUCAGGUUUAUCCCAACAAAACGACAGACUCCAGUCUACUGCGGGAACCUCCAGGGGAAUGUGACAGAUCAGAAUGAAUUCAUCAUCUACACUCACUACAGAGCCAUGCCUGCCUAUGUGGUGGAGUACACCGUACCCUGAAGAGGACCCUCGUUCCCUCGUUCCAGAACCAAAUCAUCAGAACGACACCAUUAUCACUCCCUAGUCUAUAUAUCAUGUUUUAAGACAGCCAGUUGUUUGAACGACUUUUGAACAUGGCCCAGAAAAACAGACAAAACCUCUCUCAAAGUGUCUAGAUUUUUUUGGAUGUGUGUGGAAUCCUUGCAAGGGAGGGGAACUGUUAGUGGUGAUUAGCUAA